UGCAGCCGGUCGCUCCUGUCUCUGCAGCCAGAUCUGUACGGGGCUGCACGGUGGAAACCUCUGAUAGGGACCAGACGUCAUCUCAGGCGCAGGUGGCGGUGUCCUCUUCCGAGCCACGCGUUUUCUAUCGCCUCGUCGAGGCCACACAGGCGAAGUUCAGCGAACUCGGUGGCACGCUGAAAUGCAAAGGACCCGGCGGCGCUGAGAUCUUUGCAGGGUGAGGGUGACUCGCUCGCUGGCAGCAUGUCCGCGGAGCCGGUGAGGUUCGGGCGCAAGAGACCGGUUCCGAAGUCCCCGAACCCGCUGUUUCUCAAGUGGUUGACCGAGCUGAGAGACGUGGCCGCGGAGAAGGGGACGAAAAUGCAGUUCGUUUACCAGAAGGCGAUCAGCUCCCUGAAGAAGUACCCUCUUCCGCUGAAGAACGGGAGGGAAGCGAAGAUCCUGCAGAAUUUCGGAGACGGGAUCUGCAAAGUCCUGGAUGACAAGCUGGCUCAGUACUACGCAGAGAAUGGUCCGGACGCCCCGAUUCAUUCCCUUGACGAGGGGGACCCCCCAGCGCCCCCCCGCAAGCAGAGGAGGAGCAAGACCCCCCCGGGAGCCAGCAGGGGCUCCCUGUCCCCCGAGGGCCAGCCAGCGCUGGAGCCGGCCCCUUGCAAGAGGAGGGCUGGCAGUCAGAAGACGCGUGAGUACGUCCCUCAGAAGCGAUCGGGGGGGUACGCGGUGCUGGUGACUCUGUACCGGGACCACCAGAGAACCGGCAGCCGCGGGUUCAUGACCAAGGCAGAGUUGCAGCGCGAAGCCCAGCCCCUGUGUGACAAGUCCUUCACCGUGUCAGAUCCUGGCAGUAAGCACACGGCCUGGUCGUCUGUCAGCACUCUCAUUCAGAAGGACCUGCUCCUCAAAACCAACAGCCCUGCAAGGUACUCCCUGACUGAGAAGGGACUGGAGCUGGCGGAGAAGCUGGAGGGGAGAGGGACUGAGCAGGGGCAGCCAGGGGGGGCUCCAGCCUCACUCCCUGGUGUCCCGGAGAGCAAGGAGGGAGAGAUACUGGACCUCACUGGGGAGGAGGAGGAGGAGGAGGAAGAUCAUCUCCCAGAAGACAGGGACAAAUCCGGAGGAGGGGACCGGAGGAGGGGUGAGGGAGGCCGGGGCUCUGGUCCGGGAACCGUCCGGGAUGCAGCCGGUUCGCUGGCCUCGAGUGAGAGACCGCCUCCUGCCCGCGGACACGUCCCCGGUUUCGUUCUGACCCCCGGCACCUUUGACAUCGUGCUGUGUGUGGAUUUCAUCGAAACCACAGGGGGCUCCAGCGGCAGGAAGCAAGAGCUGGUGACGGAGCUGAAGAGGAACGGAGUGGACUUCGACGUCAGGAAACUCAACGUGGGGGACUUCCUGUGGACCGCCAGAGAGAGGGUCCGCCAUAUCCCAGGUCAGCUUCGCGCCCCCCAGGCCAGAGAACUGGUGCUGGAUUACAUCGUGGAGCGCAAGAGGAUGGACGACCUCUGUGGCAGCAUCAUCGACGGACGCUUCCGCGAGCAGAAGUUCCGUAUGAAGCGCUGUGGUCUGAAGAAGCCGAUCUAUCUGGUGGAGGAUUACGGCUCCACGCAGCACCUUAGUAUACCAGAGAGCACCCUACUGCAGGCUGUGGUGAACACACAGGUUGUCGACGGCUUCUUCGUGAAACGCACCAAAGAUGUGAGAGAGUCAGCUGCUUACCUCACUGUCAUGACCAGAUACCUUCAGAGCAUGUUCUUGAACAAGACCCUGCUGAGCUGCACCAAGGAGGAGGAGCCACUGUGUGACCGUGCCUUCAGCCCCGCCUCCAGCUCCUGCAUCCUCAUGAGCUUCGGGGAGUUCAACGAGGGCGCUGUGAAGAACAAGGCUCAGACGGUCCGGGAGCUCUUCGCUCGCCAACUCAUGCAGAUCAGCGGGAUCUCGGGAGACAAAGCAGCCGCCAUCCUGGGCAAAUACAGCACCCUGAGCAGCCUUCUGCAAGCUUAUGAAUUGUGUCCCACAGAAGAGGCCAGAGAGAAGCUGCUGUCUGGAAUCAAAUACGGGAAACUGCAGAGGAAUAUUGGACCUGCACUCAGUAAGACAGUCUGCCAGCUGUACUGCACUGUGGGAGCCCUGCGCUAGGACUGGUGGCAUUGAACUGAGGGUGGGGGGGGGCACUGCGGAGACCUGCCUCUCUCACAGAAUCACACCCCGGCGCAAAAUAACAGACCCGGGGCAGAGAUCAGGGAGGAACGUCGCUAUUUGAGAUCUUUUGUACAUUAAAAAAAAAUAUAUAUAUAUAUGUUUGUUGGUGUUGGGGGCAAAAAAUAAUGUUUUAAAGAAUUAAA